UUUUGAAACAAAACUUUGUUUACAGACAAACCUCGCAUUGAAUUAGUGGUCAAAUCCAGUGAUAAUCGACCGCAACAGCAGCAGCAGUGGUGGCCAAUCACCAGCACCUCAUCACACCUAUUGACAGCCCAUUACCAUCUAAUCCACUGGUGAUCUGACCGGCGAUGCCAUUCUUCUUCGGUCCGGCGCCCAUCCGGCGGACACUGCCGUACCUCACGAGCGGUCAACUGGUGUUCAGACGGCGUGUGAAGAUAAUGGAAGUCAAUUACAACAUGUAUUGGAAGUAUUGGCGCAAAGACGGCUCCCAUAAGCCGCACCCGUAUGACAGUCACGUGGGACUCAGGGAGUUCUACUUCUGGAGCGUACCGCAGAUCCAGUAUAUGAACCCCGAGGUGCAGAUUCUUCGACAUCUGGAGCGGUUCCCGAACCCAUUCAUCAGGUGUUGGCUGGACGACGGCCGGGACGUGCUAUUCGACUGCGACUCCAAGACUCGGCACGAAAUACUGGAUCAACUGAACCGGACGUUAGGCAAAACCGCGGAGAUCUUAGCCGUGGAGAGGAGUAUCGCCGCGGAGGAGAACCCGGCUAUCUUUGGCUACAAGAGGCAGCGGUGGUGUAUGUGCGCCAUCCCUGGCCAGUGUCCCUGUCCGGGGGUCGUGAUGCUGCCCAAGACUAUGCGCGGGAAGUACUAUAACUUCUUGAAGGAGGAUCUGGAGAAGGAGGAGAGGGAGAUAGUGGAGGGCGGGGCUGAGCCGGAGUACGAGUGGAAGUGUAUGCCGUUCCUGAAGAUGCAGCGGAAGUACUGGAAGAAACCCGAGAAGAAGACAUGAUAUGUGUGUCCAAAGAUGUGAUGAUAAUGGUAGUGAAGAUAGUGUUAGAAAUAGUUUUUUCAAUUGUUUUUUGUAAUCACUUGUAGUCAGCGAACCAAUGGUGAGGCCAUUGCUUAUAUCGCGAGACGUGUUCUGUGUGUCUUAAGUGGUGAUCACUGAAUAAAUGGU